UUCACUUUUAUUUCCCACAUCCUUUGCAGCAUUCGUUUUGACUGUGCUUAAAUCUUCUCGCUCAGAUGUAGCCCUUGAUAAAAUCACCUGACAGGAUUCAUGCAUGAGUGUCUAUAUCAUGUCGUGUUUUUUUUUAAUCACAUGCACACUAGUAUGAUUGCAACAAGUUUUAAAUUGAGGUCAUGUAUGUCAUAUGAAGACGCACAAAUUUGACACUUAAUUAGUCGGAGUUUUGCAAAUUCAUUCGGUGCCAGAUUUAUACUUUCAUCCCUAAUGCAAAGGAUAGGCUUCCAACAAAGGCGAAAAGGAUUUUGAGUCAUGCUUUGACACACAUGGUUUCUACAGAAAUUAAUAAUUUCCUGAAUGUUAUUUUCUGAUUGUGGCAUGGUUUAAUGCUCCAGAUACAGUUUCUGAUCUUACCUCAAAGGAUUAGCAGGGAAUUUAUUUUGCGUUAUUUGUUCAACACUAGCUGUUGCAUAAUUUAUAGGGUAGGGCGAGCUACGGAUGAUUCCAAAAAGCAGGAUUUCUUAUUUCUUACAUCUUCUGUAUAUGAAUACAACUUUGUUUUUACCACAUUUUAUCACAUCCACUUACAAGUAUGUUGCUUUGAUUUGAGAGCUAGCUUUCCUGCUCCGAUAAGAACAGCUUAUUGUGGCUUAAUGUGCAUGAUUGUUAAAUGUCAUUUCCUAUAGCCGAUAGAAGAACAGGGCAUCCCCAUUUCAGAUCAAAGACAUUUGGAGGAAGUGUUUUAACUGGUGAUAAAAGCUCUGUUAACAGAUCGCAGUAGCCUACCAGAAAAGCUCAAAUCAAGAGACAAGCAUUGUAUCUUAUUGAAUAAGCCGUCAAUAUUGAUCAGCAUAAUACACCGCAAAUGAGCUAUGGAAAUAAGUCUGGUAUAGUCUUGAAUAAUCACGCCAGUGUCCGUUCAUACUCGAUUCAAAUUAUAUUGAAAAAAUUGUUUGCAGUAGGCUAUUUGCUUGAACAGCAUUAUCUAUGAUUGAAAGAUUAUGUUAACAGGCUGACCUUUAAAUGGGCCUAGGUUGAGGUUAUGGAAUUACAGAGAUAAUUUAAGAGACAGUUAAUGCACAAGCAACGUGCUACACACCACAUUCAAAAUGAAUCCAGUUCAGUUCAGACUAGCCUGCUUUAUGGAUCCCAAGAAGGGCGAGAAUUCAUUCACAGCCUAUCCAGUCCAUCCACACGACAUAUAAAGUCACAGGCGACAUGUUGGUGACAUGUCAGCAGUAAAUAAUAUCAACCUGCUUUUGUUUUAAAGAAUGGAGAAUUUACUAUAGAGGUUUGUUUCUCAAGGGCCCCUUGUAAUGGCUGUUGAGUGAGUCACAUUCCCCCAGGGCUCACACGUCUCUAGCAGGUCCAGUUGUGUUGGAGCAGAAUUUCACAUUACUGCGCAGUGUGCAGGCUAUUCUUGUCCUUCAUUGACAAUCCAGUCAACCUUUCAAUAAAUGAGAAGUUGAGAAGACUUGCAUAAAAUCGUUGAUACAAGUGACAUCAAACCACAGAUUAAAAGUUAAGCUUCCUCAUUAAGUCGGUUCUUUGAUGUCCACCCUUUAGAACUGACUGUUGUUUUCUUUUACAUCGAACUGAGUUGAGUCGAACACUGUUCCUAGAAAUCUGUCGACAAUUUGAACGUCUUCACUUUGUAUAAUGCCAGCUAUAAUUGACUUUCUCUACACUCAAAUGCUAGCUGUAAGCCCCUGAAUUAAAUCGUGUGUGGCUCCCAGUAAUAUCGGAGUGUAUGGGUCUGAGUAUAUUAGUAAAGGGUUUACAAUAAAUAUUAAAUGCAAAACACAUAGAGGUGCAAAAUAUGUGUUUUUAAUUUAGUAAAAAGAUACUCUAUGACAUUCUGAACCUAAUGUUAAACUCAAGGAUCAUGUUAAAAAUAAUUAGAAAUAAUAUGUUUUGAUUCUAUAAACCGACACUAUUUAAAUAAAUCAAUCACGCAAUCAAUCAUUAAUCAAUCUAUCAAUCAAUAACGGGCAUACAAAUAAAGGUUUACCUAAAUCAGAAUUAGACAAUUCUUAUUUACCUUCAGGCAAUGAAGAUUAAACCAGUUUAAAUGCCUGGGAAACAUUGAAGAGAUCAUUUAAAUACAUUAGCCCAGCCUCCUAGACACGCUUGCUUUUUGUCUUUGUGCUGAAUAUGAACCAAUGAAGCCUGGCUGUGGUGACAUCUUCCUAUAUUGUGGUCAGAAGUUGACGGGGUGGUGCAUGAAUUGCUGGUGCCAAUUUAAUCACACUGAGACUUGAGACAAGAAGUGAUCUCUUUGUAAUGGAGUCUGAAGAGGUGCAGAGUGACGUUUCCCAGGAGCCAGUAGCCAGUGAGGUCCACAGAAAGACUGGGAGCCAGGACGCCCCGGAGUUAACGAUGGCUGAACCCAGCGCUCAGUGUGAAGCGGGUGCCAGGCAAGACAAAGGUGCUGAGGUGGGGGAGAAGUCCUUUGUUUCGAACCUGCACGGUUUCAUGAAGGAGAGAGGAACGCCCAUAGAGAGGAUCCCCCACUUGGGCUUCAAGCAGAUCAACCUUUGGAGGAUAUAUAAAGCUGUUGGGAAUCUUGGAGGUUAUGACUCAGUGACCGCACGGCGUCUGUGGAAGAGCGUUUACGACGACUUGGGAGGGAGUCCCGGCAGUACCAGCGCAGCCACCUGUACCCGCAGGCACUACGAGAGGCUGGUUCUGCCGUUCGACAGACACCUGAGAGGAGAGACGGACAAGCCUCUGCCGCACGGUAAACCCCGGAAACAGUACCGGAGGAACAUGGAGAAGGCCGGCAAAGAACGAGGGAAGAGGAAGACUGUCCGUAUGGAGAAGGAGCUCCGUGAGGCUCAGAGGAUAACCAAAGCUACAGUGCAAGUUGAGGCUGGAACUCAGGCAUAUGCAGCUCCGUGGCCCAUCUCAAGACCCCUGCUGAGCUGCCUGCAGACCAACCGAGAGCCUGCCGUCGUUUGUACUGCGGCUUACGACGGCUCCAGAUCACUCUGCGUCCCGCUUCCUGCAUCACAACCGUUGAGCGAUCACAUGGUCUCUCCUCCUGGCAUGGGCCUCUCUCCCCUGGAGAAGAAGAAAAGGAUGGCCCAGGCCAGCCUCAGCCAGCCUUCACACCUCCAGGACGAUGAUAAAGACAGGCCCAGCGUCAUCCACCGCCCCCUGCCUCAGGCCACGCAGCUUCCCGCUCCCGAGUGCACCUCCUUCGAGGACUCUCCGAGGCCUGUGUCCACCUCUUCUUCUCGCUGCUCCUCCCCUCACUCCUCCCUCUCCUCGGAGGACCUUCCAGCAGCCGCUGGAGGGAAGCCUGAACCAAACGGAGCAACGCCACGGCAAUACGUGACGCUGGUCAGUGGCAGGAGUCGCUUGGUUGCGGACAAUAUGUUCUGUAGUGCAAUCACCAAAGGACAAGUCAUUCCUUUCCCUGGCACCCAAUUACUGAAAGCGGACGCCAUCGGAAAUGAGAACAAAGACUCUGUAUGGAGAGCGGUCCCAAAGGUCAGCGGAAGAGAGUCUGCUCGCACUUGCCCAAAGGCGACAUCUUCCUCCUAUUUCGGCGUUCACACAAGCUGGCCGCCGGCACCUAACUCAAGUUUCACCAAAGUCCUUCCAAAACCAGCACAACCUCUCAAACCAACUCCUCUCCCGCGUGGUUAUAAAAUCGACCAAGGUUGGCCGACACAGCCGCACGAUCAGUCGGUAAAGAAGCGACAUCACCUCCCUCCCUGGAUCUAUCAGACGUCGGAGAGGAGAGACAAAUCUAAGCGGUUUCUUACUAGCGAGCCUCGGCCCCUUUACGCUGGCAGCCAGCCCCCUCCGUCCUACCUCUUCACAGACUAUGGCAGGGCGGUCAGAGACAGUAUGCCUCAACCACCCCCCCUCCAAGCGUUUCUGCCAGAGAGAAUGAGGACGGCGCACUCCCAGCCUCUAUACCACCAAGCCCCGGUAGGGCUGAGUCACCCAGCCCACUUCUACUCUUACCCUUCUUACUACCUCUCUGCAUGGAGCGACCAGAGUGAAUACGCGCGAGCGGGGGUUUCUCCUCAGUCCGUUUAUCCUCGUAAACUUUGAUACUGUGCAGAAGAAGAAAGAGAAGUAGAAGAAGAAGAGGGUUAAGUGGAAAGAGGGUUAACAUAGGUCCCUAUAGGUUGAUCAUGAGUCUACCUCUUUAACUGAAAAUGUGUUCAUUCUUGUGUGUUUGCUGCAAUCAUUUUGUUGAGCACAAUGAGUACAGUAAUAAUACAGUAAUACAUGAGGCAUAUUGGCCGACUGAAUAUUAGGAAUUUUUUAAAUAUCCCUAUUUGAAAUGUGAGUUGAAUUGCAUUUUAAAUUAUAAUGUCAAUGUCUGCUUUAUGCCCACAUUAAAACCCUAUACUUAUUUUGAUGAUGUCAGCAUUCAUGAUUCGAAACUGGGGUUUGCAACUCAUCUUAAAAUAUAUUUCUUGGCAAUAUCAUCUUCUGCUUUCUAGUUCCAAAUAUCACGUCCAGGCACAAUGAUUUCCCUUCAUCAGGGAAAUGUUUAAAUUGCUCAGAAAAUAAACCACCAGUAAUAAAAAUGGCAAAAUCCUC